AUGGGGGAAUCCGAGGAGGUGGUACCCGAUUCAGGUGCUGUGUUUACUUUCGGAAAAACUGGAUUUGCCGAAAACAUUCCCAGCAAAUUCUGGUUUAAAAAUGAUAUACCUACAGUUCUUUCCUGUGGAGAUGAACAUACUGCAGUUGUUACAGGAAAUAAUAAACUUUACAUGUUUGGCAGUAACAACUGGGGCCAGUUAGGAUUAGGAUCGAAGUCACCUGUUAGCAAGCCAACGUGUGUCAAAGCUUUAAAACCUGAAAAAGUGAAAUUCGCUGCCUGUGGAAGGAACCACACCCUAGUCUCAACAGAAGGAGGCAAAGUGUAUGCAGCUGGAGGAAAUAAUGAAGGACAGCUGGGACUUGGUGACACCGAAGAGAGAAACACUUUUCAUCUAAUUCGUUUUUUUACUUCCCAGCAUAAGAUUAAACAGCUCUCUGCUGGAUCGAACACUUCAGCUGCGCUAACUGAGGAUGGCGAGCUUUUUAUGUGGGGUGACAAUUCUGAAGGGCAAAUUGGUUUAAAAGAUGUAACUAAUGUGUGUGUCCCUCAGCAAGUGACCGUUGGGAAGCCUAUUUCCUGGAUCUCUUGUGGAUAUUACCAUUCAGCUUUUGUAACAACGGAGGGAGAACUGUACACGUUUGGAGAACCAGAGAGUGGGAAGUUAGGUCUUCCCAAUCAGCUGCUUUGCAACCACAGGAUGCCCCAGCCGGUGCCUGGAAUUCCCGAGAAGGUGGUCCAGGUAGCUUGUGGUGGAGGGCACACGGUGGUUCUCACAGAGAAAGCCGUGUAUACCUUUGGGCUGGGACAGUUCGGUCAGCUGGGUCUUGGUACUUUUCUUUUCGAAACUUCAGUACCCAAAGUCAUUGAGCAUAUUAAGGAUCAGAAAAUAAGUUCUAUUUCCUGUGGAGAAAAUCACACAGCUCUGGUAACAGAUAUAGGUCUUAUGUAUACUUUUGGAGAUGGUCGACACGGAAAAUUAGGUCUUGGACUGGAGAACUUUACCAAUCAGUUCCUUCCCACUUUGUGCUCUCAUUUUUUGAGAUUUAUAGCUCACUUGGUGUCUUGUGGUGGAUGUCACAUGCUAGUUUUUGCCGUUCCGAGACUUGGUGGGACAGAAGAAAUUGAGUUAGAGGAAGUUAAGGAUGCUUGCUUCCAUGCAGAGGCUUCUCUGCCCCUCAGCAAUCUGAACUCAGGGAAUGUUUUGCAAACAACUCUAUCAGCACGUGUGCGGCGACGAGAGAGGGAGAAAUCGCCCGACUCUUUUCGAAUAACACGAACACUACCUCCACUUGAAGGGAUUCCUGUGCCACCUGUUUGCUUUUCCUCCAUUCCUUUUCCUUUCCAUAUGUCUGCAGUUAAUCUGCCAGAGACCAUGAUACCUGAAGAUGAGGACCUCAUGCAGCCAAUGGAACCAGAUUAUUUUCAAGAUAAAAUGACCACAGAGAAAGAGACAGACAUUUCUUCAGCAACAGAUUCAGAAAGCCUUGGAGAAACUACUGAUGUCUUAAAUAUGACACAUAUGAUGAGCCUGAAUUCCAAUGAAAAGUCAUUAAAAUUAUCACCAGUUCAAAAACAAAAGAAACAAGAAACAGUCGAGAAACUGGAGCAGCAUACAGCUCACUUUGAAAAUGAUGGUAGUAAAGAGCGUGCAAGUGAAGAGACGUCCAGAACGGUGAAAGAGGGGAAAGUAUAUAGACAGCUGGUGGCAAAGGGAACGUACAUGCUGCCAAUACCUGGGACUGGGCGCGCGUUUUCAUAUGAGGACUUAGACAUCCCAGAGGAGCAGGAAGGCACAGAGGAGUCAGAAGGAAGUGAAAUAGAGAAGCAAGAGGUAGAUGCAAAUGAGGAAAAUGUGGAGGUGCACGAAGGAAAAGAGGAGAAGGAAAUAGAGAUCCUGUCAAACGACCUUACAGACAGAACUGAGGAUCAUGAAUUUUCGGAAGAUGAAGAGCUAGAGGACGUGGAUGAAAUUGAUGAGUACCUGAAAGGCGAGAAAAAAGUUGCUGCAGAUGAAGCCAGUGACAACUCAGUUGAAAAGGACAAGAAAACCAACCAAGAGGAACGGGCUAUUUGUGAAUACAAUGAGAAUCCAAAAGGAAGCAUGUAUGGCCACGCAAAGAGCAGUUCCGCAAAAGACCUGGAAGACACUGCAUCAACAAGUAAAGACCUAAAAAAAUCAAUGAAGAUUUUCUUCCUUAAAAGGAUGUCACUCACGAGUCAGAAAAGUAUGCAGAGUAAUAAUGAGCCACUCUCAGAGAUAAAACCAAUAGGAGAUCAAAUAGCUUUUAAAAGCAAUCAGAAAGAUGCCAGCCAGAGCCACAUGGGGCAAAAUCAUCAGGAUACUUCACCCCCAAGUAUGGCGAGAAGGUCAAAAUCUUGUACGAUACUAUAA